AUCCGACAUGGCAGCCCUGCUUAAGCAACUGCUUCAUGCUACAAACUUCCAGUCUCCCUUCCUUCGCACUCUCGUCCCAUCCAUCGGCCUCGCAUUCGGCCUCCAAGCCGCAGCAGGAAUCCCCUCAAUUUUCUUCCAAACAGAAAGAUUCUACGACCUUUCAGGCUCGCUGACAUAUAUUUCCUGCACCGCUCUGUCUCUCUACUUGCCCACCCUCCGAGCCCGACUCGCAGCAGGCCCAUUGGGCACUGCACCGCCUUGGCCCAGCCUGCUCCAGAGUCUGACGAGCAAAGGCGGCGUGCAUGCGUGGAAUUGGCGACAGGUGGUGCUCAGCGCCUUUGUCACGAUUUGGGCCACGAGGCUGGGAAGUUUCUUAUUCUCGCGUAUCACGUCGGAAGAUGGAAAGGAUAGUCGAUUCGACGAUAUUCGCGGGAAACCUGCCACGUUUGGCGCCGCAUUUUUCGCGCAGGCUGCGUGGGUGUCGAUGUGCUUGAUGCCCGUUUUGGCAAUCAAUAGCAUUCCGGCCACGACGCUGGCGGCUCUGCCGUUUGUCACUGUCACCGAUGUUCUGGGUGUGCUGCUUUAUGUGGGAGGUAUUGGAUUUGAGGCUACGGCGGAUCGGCAGAAGUCACAGUGGAUGAAGGAGAAGAAAGAAAAGAAACAUGAGGAAGACUUUUUGACGAGAGGGCUGUGGAGUAAGAGUAGACAUCCAAAUUACUUUGGUGAGAGCACUCUCUGGACAGGUAUUGCGACAGCCGCCGCAGGCGUCAUGCUCAGCAAAGUUGGCCAAAAUGGCAUGGGCUUCAGCGGCAGUCCGGCGAGCCGAAUUGGUGCUCUAGCCAUGGCAGCCAUCAGCCCUGCGUUUGUGACGUUUUUGCUCUUCAAGGUAUCUGGAAUCCCCAUGUCCGAGAAGAAGUACGACAAGCGAUACGGCGACAGGAAGGACUAUCAAGAGUGGAAGAAGAACACGCCUGUUUUCUUUCCCAAGCUGUAGAGCAGCUCAACUUUUUUGAGGCUUGAGAACUUGAACAUUCUCGCCGCACACUGCCUUUGCUACUACUUGCAUCGAAGUCAGCGAAUCCGCGAGAUCAGAGUAAAACGCCGCUUACACUUCAAGAUGGUGGUCGACAACAACUAUUUGACCUCGACCUCUUCUCAUAUUACCGCCUUUCCAAAGUCCACAUAUCUCGCAGAUCGAAAAGCAAAAGCAUAAUCUGUUCGACAACUAAGAAGAGGAAAUGAGGAUUCAAUAUACACCUCAUGUAUCCAUCUAGUAGCGCCUUUGGAAUUAGCCGGGCUUAUAGAUGAGAUGAGAUGAGUACAGUAAAGUCAAGAAAAAUGUCUGUCUGUCUGUCUGCUCCUCUCCAUAACAGCCAACUAUAUAGAUACCUACCUAACUACAUGUAUCUAUCCA